AUGAAUACGUUGGUUCCCCAAUUCGAUGCGACAACCUGUCAGCGGGGUUUACUUGUCUCUCUUCCUCUUUCUCCUCCAUGCCGUCGCUGCUACAGUUCCAACCAGUUUGUUGCCAUUCUCCCGAUGCAGCAGGACGCGGCUGACCCCGAACAAGGCUCCACUGCCGACCAUUAUGUCUAUCCUGGAGUUGGUCGCCUCCUCGACUCCGCCUCGGGCCGGGACUCGGACUCGUAUCCGGCCACGGACCUGCCCGAGGACGAGUUUGCGGAGAGGCGGCAGCAUUUGCGCAGGAAUAUGCGUCAGUUCGUCAUCUCCAUGGACGAUGUGUUCACCAGGAACCCAACCAUCGUGCCUGGAAGUGGGAUUCAUGUGCGCAGCGCCAGUUCUGAUGGAAUGGCGGCCUCGAACACGGAAACACCCGAAAACAAGGUCUUUAUGACUGGCAAGUCGGGGCUGGGCUCGUCUCUCGGUCAGACGACACAAGUUGAGUACCAAUGCUUGGCGACCAAUGUCCACGACAGCGCCAUGUCGCAGCGCCUGCUUCUGAAAGGUAAUCUUUCUGGCUUUUGCGUGCGUGCAAGUGAUUUGGGCUAA